CAUCCAUCCUAAAUCUAAUUAAUUAAUUUCAUCCAUUUUGCUUCUUCUUCUUGUUCGAUCAUCAUCAUCAUGGAAUUAGACUUGUUAUGCGAACUGGGAGAAGAAGUAAACGAGCAGGGUCUGCCACCCGGAUUCAGGUUUCAUCCCACCGAUGAAGAGCUCAUUACCUUUUACCUUUCUUCCAAGGUCUUCUUCAAUGCCUCCUCCUCUUCCAUCCUUCCCACUAUCACCGAGGUUGAUCUCAACCGCUGCGAGCCAUGGGACCUUCCAGAGGCGGCGAGAACAGGGGAGAGAGAAUGGUAUCUGUUCAGCUUGAGAGACAGAAAGUACCCUACAGGGCUGAGGACCAACAGGGCCACCGGAGCUGGCUACUGGAAGGCCACCGGGAAAGAUAAAGAGGUCUACUCUUCUUCAAAUAACAGCAACCACCGUCUCAUGAUUGGAAUGAAGAAGACACUCGUCUUUUACAAAGGAAGGGCUCCCCGCGGCGAUAAGACUCGCUGGGUCAUGCACGAGUUCCGCCUCGACGGCCACCUCCUCUCUUCUUCCCGCCACCACCCAUUCACAGAAGAAUGGGUGAUAUGCAAAGUCUAUCACAAACUUGGGGGGGACAAAACUAAAAACCCUCUUCUCCUACCACCACCCCAAACCAACUACCUCUUUGACAGGAUGCUUUCUUCUUCCUCCAACAAUAAUCACUUUCCUCCAUUAAUGGACGCCAUAACCUCUUCAAACUCAGCUAAUCUACCAUUUCAUCACUACCCUCAAGAAGAAACAUUUCAUCUCAACAAACUAAUUAGAUCCCUUAACCCUCCAUCAUUACCAGACCCAUUUAAUUCCUUCCUAAUGAAUAAUAAUAAUAAUAAUGACAUCCAACUACCACCGGCAGUUCCCACUUCCUCCUCCACCUGUUCUGGCAACAACAACAACAACAACAACAGAAUAGUAGACAGACAAACCAACAACUGCAUGUCACAUCAACAAGAUCUUCUUCAUCAACCCACUAUUAAUACUACUGUUCCUAAACAGUUCAAGACAGAAACCAACUGCUUCACUUCCGGCCAGCUAAUGAUGAACGAUCCUUACUACGGCCAGCUCUUUGGCCAGAAUGAUUUGGGUUUUAUGUCUCCGGAUAAUUAUGCUUAUGAUGUUGCCCUAAGAAAGAACUGGCCUCAUUUUAUCUAGAUCGAAAUCAGUAUAAUAAUUAAGCUAGAAUUAGCAUGCAUGUUAUAAUUAGUAUAUUCGAGCUGUAUGACC